AUGCAAAUAUUAACUUUGGUCUGUUUGGUGUAUGUUAUAUUCAUAGACUCUAAUUCAUCUUCAUCAAUAUAUCGAGAUUAUAUAUUAAAUUUAAAUCAAUACAAUGUUUAUGUUGAUCAUUAUCCACGUCGAAAUCAUUUUAAAAAUACUAAUUUAUGUUCUUAUAUAACACGUACGGAUCAAACGUUAACAUCAUCAUCUCGUUUACAUUUUCAAUGUCAACAACCAUUGCAUGGUCGUUUUGUUUAUAUUGAAGCAAAUGGUAUUAGUUACCGUUGGAAUAAAUUAUUUACUGCUGUACUUUGUGAAGUAUUUGUUUAUGAGCAGUAA